AUGCUGUCAAACUUGGACGGUGGAAGGAAGAGGGGUGGUGAUUCAGGUAAUGGGAAAUUGUUGAAUGAGAUUGAGACUAUAAGCAAAGCCUUAUACGUAGAUAAAAACCCCUCUAGGAGUUCAAUUCCUGCGGGAAGUAACCCUUCAGGAUCUAUAGGAAAGUCCCGCGUACCUGAUCUAAAAUCAAAGCCUAAAUCUGUUGGUGAGAACUUGUUAGCUAAAGAGAAGAGGUCCUUUUGGAAUUGGAAGCCCUUGAAGGCUUUUUCCCAUAUCCGAAACCGUAGGUUUAACUGCUGCUUCUCUCUUCAAGUCCAUUCCAUUGAAGGGUUGCCCUCCGCUUUGAAUGAAAUUAGUCUUUGUGUACAUUGGAAGAGGCGGGAUGGAAUUUUCGUUACUAAUCCAGUGAAGGUUGUUCAAGGCACGGCCAAAUUUGAAGAGAAGUUGACCCACACGUGCUCAGUAUAUGGUAGUAGGAGUGGACCCCACCAUUCAGCAAAGUAUGAGGCAAAGCAUUUUUUGCUAUAUGCUUCUGUGUUUGGUGCACCAGAACUUGAUCUGGGGAAGCAUAGGAUUGAUCUCACCAGGUUGCUUCCUCUGACAUUGGAGGAGUUAGGGGAGGAGAAAAGCUCAGGGAACUGGACAACGAGUUUUAGAUUAUCAGGAAAGGCUAAAGGUGGUUCAUUGAAUGUUAGUUUUGGGUAUACAGUGCUGGGGGAUAAUCCCAGUGCAACAGAAAAUAGCCAGAAUGUUCCUGAGGUGUUGACUUCGAGGCAGAAUAACUCGAGUAUGGCAACAACAGCAGGCAUGAAAUAUGGCCAGGUUGAUAGCAGGAGCAGUAUAAGGCGUGCUGGAACUCUUCCUAAACAACGGUCACGGGCCUCAUCUCAAUCCGUAGAGGACAUAAAGGAUCUUCAUGAGGUUUUGCCUAUAUCAAGGUCGGAACUUUCCAGUUCGGUGAAUACACUUUAUCAGAAAUUUGAUGAAGAAGAGAAGUCAGAUACUCCAGUUGAUUACAAGCCUGAACUUGAUGUGUGCACAGAGCAUCUUGAAGCAAUGAAAACAAAUCCCUUCCCUUCACCUGAUUCUGGUCAAAAAGUAGAAAAUGGGUGUGAAAAUGAUUUUUCUGUAGUUGAACAGGGCAUAGAAUUACCAGCUAAUGAACUGAAAGAAUCAGAAGUUAUUACACACGCUGCUGAUGCUUCUCCAGCCGAAACCCAUUUUUCUGAAACCACCAGCAGUGUACAGGUAGCAGUUGAAGGUGAAACUAAGCUUGAAUCCCAGGUUGAGGAAAAAGGUAGUUGUACAGAUGACCUUGUGGUAUGUGAGUUCACUUCCAGAGAAGAUGACUUAUGCACUAAAGAAUCACUCAUGAAAGAACUAGAGUCAGCUUUAGAUAUUGUGUCAGAUCUGGAGAGAGCAGCACUAGAAUCACCUGAAGACAAAAGAAGUUGCGUGGAAGGUAAUCUAACGAAAAUGAUGGGGAGGUCGCAUAGCUUGGAUGAGGUUACAGAAUCUGUUGCAAAUGAGUUCUUGAGCAUGCUAGGGAUGGAGCAUAGUCCAUUUUCCUUGAGUUCUGAGAGUGAUCCCGAGUCUCCAAGAGAGCGUCUGCUAAGACAAUUUGAGCAGGAAGCCCUUGCUGGAGGUUGUUCUUUAUUUGAUUUUGAGGACAUAGGAAAUGGUGACCAAGCAGAAUGUGGCUACGCGGGUUCAACUGAGUCUGGUUGGGAGAACUUAUCUGAUAGUUUUGAACUUUCAUCUGUGAUUCAAGCUGCAGAGGAAGAACAUCAGAUAGCAACUCAGGAAGUAAGGAGUAAAGAAAAGGCCAAAAUGUUAGAGGACUUGGAGACGGAAUCCUUAAUGCGUGAGUGGGGCUUGAAUGAGAUGGCCUUUCAACAUUCUCCACCAAAAAGUUCUGCUAGUUUUGGAAGUCCAAUAGAUUUGCCUGCUGAAGAACCACUUGAUUUGCCUCCUCUUGGAGAAGGGUUAGGUCCUUUUCUUCAGACAAAGAAUGGAGGGUUUUUGCGGUCCAUGAAUCCUUCACUUUUCAGCAAUACCAAAAGUGGUGGGAACUUGAUCAUGCAGGUUUCCAGUCCAGUUGUGGUACCGGCAGAAAUGGGUUCUGGGGUAAUUGAGAUAUUGCAGCAUUUGGCAUCAGUAGGAAUUGAGAAGCUUUCAAUGCAGGCAAACAAGUUAAUGCCCUUGGAAGAUAUCACUGGAAAGACAAUGGAACAACACUGA